UGCACUUUCCAUAUUGCCAGACGGGAGCUAACGAUCCUUUUCCAACAAUUCCAUUUUCCAUUACAAACUGCAAAGAUCAGCAAAGAUGAGCCGACAUCCUACUUUGAAGUGGGCGCAGAGGGCUGAUGUGCUUUUCAUCACUAUCGAUCUGCCCGAUGCCAAAGAUGUGAAGCUUAAACUGGAGCCUGAGGGUAAAUUUUACUUCUCUGCAACUGCAGGAGCUGACAGUUUACCGUAUGAAAUAGACAUCAACCUUCACGAUAAGGUGGAUGUGAAUGAGAGCAAGGCGAGUGUAGGGUCGAGGAACAUUGUUUACCUUAUAAAGAAGGAAGAAAGUAAAUGGUGGAACAGACUUUUGAAGCAAGAGGGAAAAACUCCGAUGUUUGUGAAAGUUGAUUGGGAUAAAUGGGUAGAUGAAGAUGAGCAGGACGAAAAGGCUGGUGCUGAUAUGGACUUUGGCGAUGUCGAUUUCUCAAGUCUUAACAUGGGAGGCGGAGGAGACUUUGAUGCAGAUGGUGUUGAUGGAGCAGAUGAUAGUGACAUGGAAGAGGAAAGUAUUGGGAAGAAGGAAGGUGCACCACCUGUUAGUAAUGAAGUUGAAGCCAUGGCUUGAUUUGAUUUUUGAUCCCAACUAUGUGGUUUUCUAGUAGCAUUUAUAGAUUAAAGGGUUGGAUUGGGUUGUUGACUGAAACUAAUUAAUUAAUCUUGAAAUAUAUGUUGGUGCUACCGCAAGUUAAAACUUGUCAAAUGGUUGAUGAAUUCACGAAGCCUUCUUUCUUUCGAC